AACAAAUUUACCAGGGCUGGCAUGAUAGUGGACCAAACGUGUGAUAUUCGCAGUGAAAAGCACCACGUUACUAUUAGCAGCUAACUUAAAACACCUCUUAUACGGGGCAACACACCGCCAAGGCCGGUUUACUUAGCUUUUUGAGAGGCUUUUCACUCCAGCUAAGUAACCUGCUAGCCGCUCAGAGUUGCUAAUGUAACGUUAACCCGAGUUUUUUACACCUGCAGCCCGGGGCACACAAUGUACUCUUUCUCUGAAAUCACGAAAUAGCCAUAACAGUACUCGCAAUGCAAGCAAGGAAGAAGAGGACAAAGCCCAGGAAAUCUGGCAAAAAACCAGAGCCUCAUGGUCGUGGAGGCGGCUCUCAGCCGGGCCAGGCAGACUCUCCCCUCCCAGAGCAGGACGAGGAGAUCCUGGGCUCGGAUGACGAUGAGCAGGAGGACCCCAACGACUACUGCAGGGGUGGAUAUCACCAUGUGAAGAUUGGAGAUCUGUUCAACGGGAGGUACCAUGUGAUCCGUAAGCUGGGCUGGGGGCACUUCUCCACUGUGUGGCUGGCCUGGGACAUCCAGGAGAAGCGCUUUGUGGCCAUGAAGGUUGUAAAAAGUGCUGAACAUUACACAGAGACAGCUCUGGAUGAGAUCAAGCUGCUCAAAUCUGUGAGAAACACAGAUCCCAGUGACCCCAGCAGAGAGAAAGUGGUGCAGCUUCUAGACGACUUCAAAAUUUCUGGCAUGAAUGGGACUCAUGUGUGCAUGGUAUUUGAGGUGUUGGGAUAUCACCUACUGAAGUGGAUCAUUAAGUCGAAUUAUCAAGGCCUGCCCCUACCCAGUGUUAAAAGCAUCAUACGACAGGUUCUGCAGGGUUUAGACUACCUCCACACCAAGUGUAAGAUUAUCCACACAGACAUCAAACCAGAGAACAUUCUGCUGACUGUCAACGAGUCCUACAUCAAGAAAAUGGCUGCCGAAGCUACGCAGUGGCAGAAGACCGGCGCUGCACCUCCCUCGGGUUCUGCAGUGAGUACAGCCCCAGCACCCAAACCAAUGGCCAAAAUGUCAAAGAACAAAAAGAAGAAGAUGAAGAAGAAGCAAAGGAAGCAAGCAGAGCUGCUGGAGAAGAGGAUCCAGGAGAUGGAGGGAGUAGCAACACCUGAAGGAGGAGAAGAAGAGGAUGAUGAGGAGACAACAACAGAGACCACCGAAGAAACGACUUCCUCAGCCACCCUCUCUAUGUCUGCCACGCUGCAAGACAUUGCUAGCCAUACUAUCACAGACUCAACUCCUGACGAGCAGCCCCAGCAGAAGACAGAGGUAAAUGAACGAAGAAAGGGUGCGGCCGAGGAGGAGAACGGGAUGGAGGUGAACUGCAAUGGCCACGCCUCCACGCCUGAGAGCGAGACCAGUCCAGAGGUACAAGGGACCAAGCAGUUGACAGAGGAGCAGGAGGACCAACAGAACGCAAACCAACCAGAAAGUAACACAGAGACCCAGGACACAUUAAGCAACAAAGGAGAGCAUCAGACCUGUAAUGGUUCACCAGGGGACGCCGACCUGCAGCAGCUCCCCGGCUCGGUCAGCCCAGACUCUGUCACUGUAGAGCUAAAGGAAGGAGACAAGGAGGAGAAGAAGGGAGAUGAGAUGGAUACUCAAGGGGAGAUCAAAGGAGGGGAUGAAGAAGAAGACAGCCAGAAUGGAGCAUCAGGCAGUAUGUUAGUAAACCCCCUGGAGCCUGUUAAUGCUGACAAGCUGCAGGUUAAGAUUGCUGACCUGGGCAACGCCUGCUGGGUGCACAAACAUUUCACAGAUGACAUCCAGACGCGGCAGUAUCGUUCUCUUGAGGUGCUGACAGGAGCCGGCUACAGUACACCAGCAGACAUCUGGAGCACAGCCUGCAUGGCCUUUGAGCUUGCCACUGGAGAUUAUCUGUUUGAACCCCACUCUGGAGAAGACUACUCCAGAGACGAAGAUCACUUAGCGCUGAUCAUCGAGCUGCUUGGCAAAGUUCCUCGGAAGCUGAUCUUGGCUGGCAAAUACUCCAAAGAGUUUUUCACCAAGAAAGGCGACCUGCGUCACAUCACCAAGCUGAAGCCGUGGGGUUUAUUUGACGUGUUGGUAGAAAAAUAUGAGUGGUCCAAAGAGGAGGCACACACCUUCAGCAGCUUCCUGCUGCCCAUGCUGGACCUGGUGCCUGAAAGGAGGGCCACCGCAGCCCAGUGCCUCUCCCAUCCAUGGCUCACAUCCUAGAGGCCCACCCGCGCACACCUCCACCCUCAUAUUGUGAAAGGAUAAAUUAGGUUUGAAGAUCCUGGGCUUGAAAACAUACCGUAAAACAAACAUAUUCAUGUCUGCAAGACCCUGUGACUGCAUCGUGCCUGCGUCCUCCUGUCAUGGCUCUCAGAGGCUACCUACACACACUUUCAUGAAUUGAAUAAAAAGAGAGACUGCUGCUGAGUCUUUGUCCUGUUUUGGAUUACACUGGUGAUGGAAGGAACUGAAGGUCUUCUACCUAUGUUUUUUUAUUGGCUGCAUGGGACUUAUCGACCUCGCUCUCUUUUUGUUUUGUUUUUUUGACUCCAGCUCUUUCUCUGCAGCACAUUAUUCUCUGUAUUUUUAGCUAUAAAUAAUGGACUGUUGGAUUUAAAAGAAAGUUGCACUUUGUCUACAAAUGCAGAAGAAGGCAGGAUGUUAACAGAAACAUAAAGAUCACCAUCAAAACCACAUACUGUUAUCAUUUAGGUCAUUAAUAAGCCAAAUCUGUCUCUGUUUGCCGGUCAUCAUGUUAGCUGUGCCAGAUUUUAUUCUUUUGGCUGUCAAAUGUGUGCAAAGUGCUCCGAAUUAACAACUGCGUAAUGCUAACAGGCAUGAUGAGAGUCUAGUAACGUUCUUAGUGCUGUUAAGUUAGCUUUAUCCUAAAACAACUUUUGUACAUUUGUAUACAGGCAGAACUACAUGAUUGGAAAGCAUAACUUUCAUACAUUUCAAAAUUGUGCACCAGGUCUGGAGGAGGACUCAUCCGAAAUCAAACUCUAUUUUUCAGGAAACUGUGUAAUCUCAGAUUUUUCAAGUGUUAUUGUUAGUUUCAGCAUUAUCCUAUGUUGUCUUAAAAAAGCACUUGGCUAAAUAUAAUGUGAAAAACAUUCAGAUUCCUUCUCUAUGUCAAGCAGGAGGCAGCGGCAGAAGACAACUUUAUGCUGUUUCAUAUCUGGAUCACUUUAAGCCUGUUAAGAAAAAGGCUUCAUAUAUCAUUUCCCACAUUAACAGUCUAAUCAAACUAUAUGUGGACCCAUGUCCAGAGUACAGUACGAUGUACCAAAGAGUCAGCCUUUAGUCUCUCCCUCUCUGCAGCAAAAGCUUUGCAGUUUCUAGAAGAGACUGUCAGCAGUGUAGAUUGAAGGCACAAGAAUUUUUUUGUAUUUUCUUUUUUUUCUUUCUUUUUUUUUUUUUUUUUUUACACUUUUUGGAAAUGCCUCGAAGAAUGUUCAGGUGAUUACAAGUGUUUCCACUGCACAUGGUGGAGGUGUUGACUUUCAAAAUAAUAGAUUGUACUACAAACAAAUGCUGUAAUAAUGCUUUGAAUCCCCUCAAAACCAUUGUUGCUUGUUUUUCUACAAAGUCUCCUCUCCUUCUGUCCAUGUCUACUAAUUUGAUUGUUAAUUUUUUUCCUGUAGGUAAUAAGAAUAAACAUUUUUCAAAAUCUAA